AUGCCCGUCAUCUCCCGUACCGACCGCACGCGCAAGGCGUCGGCCCAACCCCCAAAGGACUCAUUGCAGCUGCCAAUCCCCCGCCCACUGCCCAUCCCCAAACACGCUCCCACAAAGGCAGACCCACUCUCGCCCAUGCCACCUGCGCCGAGCGUCCCGCGCGCGGCCCAAGGAAUAGGCUUCACUCUACCCGACAGACUCGAGAUCCCUCGACGCAAGAGUUCGCGGUCCUCAAAAUCACACUCCCCCCGCGGAAUGUUCUUCGCGGGGCACGGUCACGGGCCUGCGACGUCGACCCCACAGGAUGACCCCUCGCAAACGCGCCACUCUCUCCCUGCGCGGCCCCGACAUAACGGCGAGGGGCACGGGACGAUCCGCGCUGUGCCACCCGAGCUCAGCCUCCCAAGGCCUUCCAUGAUCAACCCGUACUCCAUCGGACCAGCCUUUGCGCGCCGUGAGGCAGCCCGCAGAAUCACUCCCCCCUCCACACCACCCAUUCCCGCGCACGUCUCUACCCAGACCCCUACCCAUCCACUCAACCCGGCACGCAUCAUAAACGAGAAUAGAGAGAGCACCGAGUCGUCAGGCACCUAUAGGACCGAGCACACAGACGGGACGGAGGGGGCUGAGGUGUCCAAAGGCGUCAAGGCGCUCGACGACAUAUCCUACGACGAGGAGGACCAGCGCCUGCGCCUUUUCAGCGCGUCUAGUUGGAGCCUCGCCCUGCAGAAACGCAACGCCUUCAAACGCGUCAAGAAUGCGCUCCGCGCCUUCAGUAACCGCCGCAAGCACCGCCCGACGAUCUCCACGCCCGUGCUGCACGAGGUCAUUCCCCGCCCAAGCACCGCAUGGGAGAUGCCACACGUGCCUCUCCGCCCAGCGCAUCUUAACGGAGAAUCGCUUGACCCCGAGGGACAUGGGGCGCGUACCAUACCUCUCGAGCACGAGCGCGACAAACACGCCAUUUCUCAAUCCAUUGGUCUCCCAACCGGAUCAUACAGUGCACACAACGGGCAUACCAACGGAUACGCAGCACGCUACCCCAGAGAGUACCUUACCAGUCGCACUGGCGACCACAACAACGGACAGACGAACAAGCCCGCGAACCACCCCCUGACCCAGCACAUGGUCGGCUUCGUCGCAGGGCCCGCGAACGGGCGCGCUAUUCAGCGUACCAACGGACAUGCCAGUGAGAUUGCGAGCUUCCCCAUAACGAAGCACAUGAUGGGCCAGGUCACCGAGUACACGAACAAUAUCAUUACGCCCAGUCACAAACGCGAGGCGACGUUUGGUCAACCCACAGCCAGGAUCCCUUCCAAGUCCAACAAUGGCGACCGCGGACAAUCAGUCUACAGUGCGAGUGACGUAGGAACAGUGAAGAGCACCAACAUUGGGAACCGCACUGUGCGCCGCAAACCCGUGCCGACGAUGGAGGGCCAGGUCGACGUCAGCGACGUGAUCAUGUCGAGGGCGUUUCCCGACGCUCGACCGCUCAUGCGCGCGCGCAGUGUUCCGCACCGCCCCGAUGGUCGGAUGAUAGGUACUUCCCUGCCCCCUCCACCGCGCAAGUACCGCUAG